AUGCAUAUAUCUUAUGCACUGCCGCCUUCUCUCAAAACUCUAACCGUGGAAUUCGAAGGACCGGAUAUGACUUCAAUGACAUCUCGAACGGAGCGAUUUUGGGGCGUAUUUGAUGAUGCAAUACCACAAUAUACGAACCUAGAGUCUGUGCGAUUCUUGACUGUAAACAUCACGGGAGACGAGAAUGAUGUGAUGAGCGAGCAUGCACAAGAGCGACUUCGUCGCCGUUUACCACGUGCUGCGGAGAGGAAUUUAUUGAUGUUCUGGUUUUUGUCGACAAGGCGAUUCGCGGGAGCCCGCGGUAUAUUGUAA